CCCGAUCUACAUGGCCUCUUUAUCUCAUUCUUUACAUCCUUUGUCAGACGGAAUUCCAUUUCUACGCACCCCUAGUCCAUUCCGCCUUCCAAGUUUUAAGAGAAAAAGCUUCAAUCAAUCCCUCCCAACUUUAAAAAGACAGCCUCAAAGAACAAGAAAGCAAACAAUUCCCUUCACCGCCAUAUAUAAUUCCUCUCAUCGAUUACAUCAAAAGAAAACUUAAUCCUCACUCACUUAAUCCCUUCUCUCUCUCUAAUUAAUUAUGUUUAGCUAAAAUCCAACUUGGAGAUCCUCACUCCUUUUAAUCAUUUUCUCUAUCCCAAUUCACCCUUAAAAACACAGACAACAUAACCCAUCACUUUGUGUCCAAAGAGCUUACAGUGCUUAUGUGGGUUAAAUGGAUACUUUGUUUAGACUAGUCAGUCUUCAAUCUGAUCAGUCCUUCAACUCCAGCAGAACGUCAAGCAGUUCUAGAUCUUCUAGACAACAAAACCACCAUCAUCAAGAAGAAGAAGAAUGCUUCAACAAUUUCAUGGAUGAAGAUGGCUUCUCUUCUUCUUCUUCUAAGCACUACUACCCUUACCACCACCACCAACAACUCUCCACCACCACCACCACAACCACUCCACCACCACCACACCACCACCCCUUUGAAUCAGCCGAUUUCUCUUUCUCCCCCGCCCGAGACCUAAACCUCGAAUUUGCUUCUUCCAUCUCCGGCACCAACAAAUGGGCAUCCGAUAUUCUUCUUGAAACUGCAAGAGCUAUUGCUAAUAAGAACAGUGUUCGAGUCCAACAACUUAUGUGGAUGCUCAACGAGCUCGGAUCGCCUUACGGUGACACGGAUCAAAAGCUAGCUUAUUACUUCCUCCAAGCCUUGUUCAGCCGCAUGACUGACUCCGGCGAGAAGUGCCACCGGACUCUGAUCUCCGCUUCGGAAAAAACUUGCUCUUUCGAUUCGACAAGAAAAACAGUACUCAAAUUUCAAGAAGUGAGCCCUUGGACUACCUUCGGCCAUGUCGCUUGCAAUGCUGCGAUCAUGGACGCUUUCGAAGGCGAAACAAAGCUUCAUAUAAUUGAUAUUAGCAACACUUAUUGCACGCAAUGGCCCACUCUGCUCGAAGCGUUGGCGACACGAAACGACGAAACACCGCACCUUCGUCUCACCACCGUGCUCAGCGGCGGCGGCUCGGCGGCGGUGCAAAAAGUGAUGAAAGAGAUCGGAACUAGAAUGGAAAAGUUCGCUAGACUCAUGGGUGUUCCUUUUAAGUUCAACGUAGUACACCACUCCGGCGAUCUAUCCGAGUUGAGUUUAGGUCAAUUGAAUAUCAAAGAUGACGAAGCUCUCGCCGUGAAUUGUAUCGGCGCUCUACGCUCCGUUAACCGCCGUGACGUCUUGAUAUCUUUGUUUCGAAGUCUGCAACCCAGAAUUAUGACUGUGGUCGAAGAAGAAGCCGAUCUCGAUGUGGGUGUGGAUGGAUUAGACUUUGUUAAUGGAUUUCAACAAUGUUUGAGAUGGUUUAGGGUUUACUUGGAGUCCCUCGAAGACAGCUUUCCUAAGACAAGCAACGAGAAGUUGAUUUUGGAAAGGGUGGCGGGGAGGGCGGUGGUGGACCUGGUGGCGUGUCGGGCGGAGGAGUCGAUAGAGCGGAGGGAGACGGCGGCGAGGUGGUCGAGGAGGCUGCAUGGUGGUGGGUUUAGGCCAGUUUUGUUGAGUGAUGAAGUGUGUGAUGAUGUGAGGGCUCUCUUGAGGAGGUAUAAGGAGGGUUGGGCAAUGACACAGUGUUCCGAUGAGAUCGCCGGAAUGUUCUUGGUGUGGAGGGAUCAGCCGGUGGUGUGGGCUAGCGCAUGGAGGCCUUCUUGAUUGUGACCGCCACAAAUGGUGGUGGGUCACACGUGUGUGGAUUUUCUUGGCACGUGCGUGGGGUGGUGGAGUUUUGUGGGUGGAUUUGUUGGAAUGGUUUUAGAUAUUGGAAAGUGAAGUAAUAUAUUCUCAUUUGUGAUUAUUUUCGUUUUAUUAUGGUAAAAAAAAAAAAAAAAAAAGAUUGGUUUGAUUUUGAAUUUUGUUAAA